AUGGCUUCCUCAGGACUCUGGGCCCUGGAUUAUGAGGUCUAUGGGGACGUACAAGGUAAGUGUUUCAGGGUGUACACAGAAGACCAGGGCAAGAAGCUAGGGGUGGUCGGCUGGGUGAAGAACACCCCCUAUGGGACUGUGACUGGGCAGGUGCAAGGGCCCAAGGAGAAGAUUGAGAUCAUGAAGAACUGGCUACGCAAUGUGGGGAGCCCCAUGUCCCGCAUUGACCGGGCUGUCUUCUCCAAUGAGAGGGAGAUCUCCACCCUGGAAUUCCCAAAUUUCACCACCAAGUACUAG